AUGUAUUUGGCAGGUUUAGAGAGAGAUCCACAGUUCAUCUCAUCGUCAUUUUUCGUGGUGGCGCAACCUGUGAAGUUUUUUGCUAUUCGUUUCCAGAUUGAAAGUUACUUGUUCCCCGUGGGCGGUCGUUUUUUUUCUUGGGCAAAGAAAAGAAUGGCAGGAAUAGCGUCAGCCCCACCUUAUCCAAUUCCAACACCUUAUUUCACAAACGCAGGCGAUUUACCACCUGGAUACGAAGAAUCCACGAAUCCUAACUGAAUCCGCUCUAUUGUGUUUUCUGUAUAG